CAUUUCAAUUUUAUUUUUGCCAGGAUUUACCUCCCAUACAUUACAACAUAAAGGACAGCAUGAAAAAGAGAGAAAGCGAGAGAGAAAUCACAGAGUAACCAGAAAUCACCAGGCGAUGAUAAGAAUGUUAAACAGGAGAGAAUAAGAGAGAAAAGAGUUCAGGAGGGGCAAGAACAGAAAUUAGUGAGUAAAAGUCAGUUUUUUUGCUAAUUAUGUUACUAUUAAAUGUUGACUGUGAUGUAAAACUGUUAUAAAACUCUUAUAAACAAAACUCAACUCAACUUUAUUUAUAGAGCACUUUAAAAACAACAACAGCCGCAACAAAGUGCUGUACAUAGCAAAUUAUAGGAUAAAAACUAAAUACUAGAAACAAUAAGACAAAUUAAAAUAUAAGUAUAAAUAAAAAUAGUUUUAGAUAAAUCUAUGAAACAAGUAAAGUAAAAUAAUAUAAAAUAAUAAAAACAGAAAUAAAAUAAGUUAAAAAUAAAUAAAUAAAACAAGAGCAAAGUUUCAAAUUGGUCGUACACUUAGUUGUUCUGCCAUUUGCUUCAAACGUGUGACAGACAUGUAUUUUGGGCUAGUUUAAGCUUCUGAAGGGCGGGUUUUAGACUGACUUUUGACUGGAUGUUUUUUGUUGGGCCUGGCAACCCUGGACGCGUCACACAAUAACACGGAAGUAUCGUGCUAGACAGCGCUUCAGUCCCACAGACUGUAGUUAUAUUACAGUACAGCCCAGUCUCAGUGAAUUAAAGCUCAGACUGUUAAAUUGUUACCUGAACCCGCGCUGUUCUGUUAAAUACACAGACUUUACUCGCUCUCAAACGCUGUACACGUACUUUAGCGAUUAGGAGUGAUGAUAAUAAACUCAUAUGUAGUUUAUUCCUGCCGUUCUGUCCCUCCCAGUUUAUUAUCUGCACUGUAAUAUAGCUAGUUAGCGUAGUUAGCUGAAGCUUGACACAUGUUUUAAUUAGUCGUUUUAUUGAUGAAGGUGUUUCUAUAGUAUCUCUUCCUCUCGUUCAGCUCAGCUCUCGCAGUCCCCGGGUGUUGUUAGAGCUGGGGUAGGUUAAAUGGAGCAGUACUCGGUGGUUAGAGUGAUUGGGACAGGCUCUUUCGGGCGCGCUCUGCUGGUUCAGACUGAAGGCAGGGGAGAGAAAUGGGUCAUGAAGGAAAUUCGCCUUCCGAAGGCUGAAAGUGGGAUGAGGACUACGAGAAGAGAAGCUGUGCUCUUGGCAAAAAUGAAGCAUUCAAACAUUGUAGCUUUCAGAGAGUCAUUUGAAGAUGAUGGCCAUCUGUUCAUCGUGAUGGAGUUCUGCAGUGGAGGUGAUCUUCUACAAAGGAUACGGCUGCAAAAGGGCUCCCUGUUCUCAGAAGAUGUGAUACUCAAGUGGUUUUCACAGAUGUGUCUGGGUACAAAACACAUUCACGAUAAAAGAGUGCUUCAUCGGGACUUAAAAUCAAAGAACAUAUUCCUGACAGAGCACGGUACAAUCAAACUGGGAGACUUUGGGUCAGCCUGCACUCUUAACAGUGCAAGAGCCUAUGCCCAGACGUAUGUUGGAACCCCAUACUAUGUGUCUCCAGAGAUCUGGGACAACCAACCAUACAACAACAAAAGUGAUGUCUGGUCUCUGGGCUGUGUCCUGUAUGAACUCUGCACCUUACACCACCCGUUCCAGUCUCGUAGCUGGAAGAAUCUGAUUUUGAAAGUUUGUCGCGGGUCAUAUGCUCCUUUGCCACGUCACCUUCCCUAUGAGCUGCACUACCUGAUUAAACACAUGUUUAAAACCAACCCCAGAGACAGACCUUCCAUACACACCAUCCUCAACUCUCACCGUGUGUCCCGACUGCUUCUCAAACACCUUCCUGAAGAGAGCAAGGAAAUGGUGGAGGAACCAAGAAACCACUGGAGAAAAGAAGAAGGAGAGAAUGUGGCCAUGUUUCUGGGUCAAAAGAGCUUAUUGACCACAUCUACAAAUAAAGGCAGGUCUUCUAAUGUGUCGUCUCUGCCAGAGAGUCAGAGUGGUGAUGUUGGCUCUCGAAAGAAAUGGGCAAAAGGACCUUCCAAUACCGUGCUGGAGGUCCUAGCAAACGCUGACAUCAUUUCCUCAGUUGGCCUGGGAUCCUCUGAAGGGUCUGACUGCAGAUCGGAGGAGGUGUGUACAGAGACACAGAAGAAGAGAGAGAGAAAGAAGUGGGACAAAGAUCCAUCUGUGAGACUUUUGAGCCUGCUGGGGAAACUUCCCCUCAGCACAGCCUUCCAAACCUACACUAUCCACAGACACAGUGCUGAUCCUCUGCAAGGACCUUUAGCUGCAGAGCAGAAUGAUGAUGAUUCUACAGACGGACCUGAGGACAUCCUCACUGACCACAGCAGACUGGAGCCGCGUUCAGAUGAUGAAGACACAGACUUUGAGGAGGAUUGCCUAAUUAACUGGACAGAUGAGUUGGAGAGGAUGGUGAAUGAGCAUUAAACAUGUACGGGAUAUCUGAAUACUGUUCUUAUUUAAAUUUAAUCAUUUCUGUAAUUUAUCAUUUGAUAAUAAAUGUUUUUUUGUCCCAAAUAAAUAACAAAUACACUACACUUAA